GCUCAGGGCAGGGCUUUAGUAGAGGUGCAGUGCUGGGCGCUGGUGAGUCUGAGGGAGGAUUAAUACUCGCUGAUUUUUGGGCCUCGGCGAGUUUUUACUGUUUUUUACAGUUUUAGUUUUUAUCCGGCGGGAUUGCGGAUCAUUUUCUACCUUUAUAUUUUUUAUUUGGUAUUUUUGUACGAAUUUACCGGGAUGGAACUUAAUUCUCUCCUGAUUCUGCUGGAAGCUGCAGAGUACUUGGAAAGGAGAGACAGAGAAGCAGAGCACGGAUACGCCUCGGUUUUACCACACAGCCCCGAGUAUUCCCGCAAGAAAUCCAAAACCACGCAGAUCUCCAGAAAAGCGCCCAGCACCAGAUCGUCACACAAUGAGCUGGAGAAACACAGACGUGCUAAAUUGCGGCUGUAUCUGGAGCAGCUGAAGCAGUUGGUGCCUUUGGGUCCGGACAGCACCAGACACACCACACUGAGCCUCCUCAAACGAGCCCGGAUGCACAUUAAGAAGCUGGAGGAGCAGGACCGCAGGGCUCUGAAUGUAAAGGAGCAGCUGCAGAGAGAGCAUCGCUACCUCAAACGCCGCCUGGAGCAACUCGGCGUGGAGAGAACUCGCACCGACAGCAUGGGCUCCACCAUCUCCACCGACUCCGAACAGGAGGUGGAUGUGGAUAUAGAGGGGAUGGAGUUCACGCCGGGGGAGGGGGGCGACAGUUUGGACAGCGUGAGCGACGCUGAGGAUCACUACAGCCUGCCGGGGAGCUCCAGCGACAGCAGCCAUUACUCACACUCCCACAGACUGCACUCGCACAUCUGCUAGAGCCCCGCCCCCUGCCACGCCCACGCCAACCGUCCGCCCGGCGACCCACCCACACACACCUGCCUCCUGCGGCAGGAAGCAGCUGGCUGGACUUCCUGUCCCCCUUCCUGUCUCCCCAUCACCCUCACACUUCCAGACUCUUUCGAUGAAGCUCCCUGUCCCAGAUCCCCGGCGACACCCGGCAACAACCAGCGACACCCGGCAACAACCAGCGACACCUGGCAACAACCAGAGACACCCGGCAACAACCAGCGACACCUGGCAACAACCAGCGACACCCGGCAACAACCAGCAACAACCAGCGACACCCGGCAACAACCAGCGACACCCAGCAACAACCAGAGACACCCGGCAACAACCAGCGACACCCAGCAACAACCAGAGACACCCGGCAACAACCAGCGACACCUGGCAACAACCAGCGACACCCGGCAACAACCAGCGACACCUGGCAACAACCAGCGACACCCGGCAACAACCGGCAACAACCGGCAACACCCAGCUACAGAUUGUGGCUGUCCCGCCUCCACCCGUCAGCCUGUCAACGUCCACACACACUGUGUGUGUGUGUGUGUGUGUGUGUGGGCUGCACGUCACCUCGCUGACACGCUGAGUACUGUAUUAAUGCUUAACUUCACUUAACUGUCCAAAAGUACGCGGACACUCCAGGGUAUCUUCUGAAAUCGAGACGUUCUGCUGGAACAGUAAAGCCUUUUCCCUCGGGGCUGAAAAUUUGCUGUGAGAAGGAAUUUGAUUGCAUCCAGCCUCACAAAAGAACCAGAGAACCCCACAGCCCAGUGCAUGCUGGGAGCUUUAUAACCCUUCAGCCCACGUUCAGCACUGUCCUGUCCUGGAGUGUCCCGUUCUUUUGGUCCGUGCUGUUCAGAAAGAAAUAGUGUCCGGAUACUUUUGGACAAGUAGUGCAGAUGAUAAGCAGAGUAGCAUUUAGCGUUUAGCGUUUAGCACACUACGACACACUGCAGUCUAAAUGCAGAUCUGAGAGGAACAGCGAGUGACGUCUGAAGCCCAGAGCAGAACAAACCUCCACAAACUAAAGAACACGUCGGCAUGGCAACCAGAUCAGCAUCCGAUCACUGCCAAAGCUGGUGCCCAUGGUACCUGUGGUGCCCCUUGCUGUUGAGCUGGUCCGCUUCGCGCUGUAGAUGCUGCUAGAGAAUACUAACUACUGUACUUUACCAUAUUAAACCGCACUCAAACACACUCUACUCAACUCUUUUCGAUGUUUGAUAUCUGCUGCGGUUGAUGUAGAGUGAUUUAGAGCUGUGUCCCAAUACUUUUGUCCACAUAAAGUAGUUAGCUUGGAUGCUAGCUACACUGUUUCCACAAUAGCUGUGUAGAAUUUGGUUGUAAACAGAGUAUAAAGGGUUAAACUUCACCGUAACUCUGAUGUUUUUGCAGUAUCGGACGACGUCAGGGCGGACCAGCUCAGCAGGAGGGACCCCAAAUCAGUGCUAAUCGCUGCUAGUGCUACAUUAGCAUUAGCUCAACAUUAGUUAGCCUAGCCGCUAGCAGUGCAGAGGGUGAGAGCGGGGCGUGGCCAGAUCCUCAGUAUCCAACCUCCUUUUCUCUUUCAGUAGCAUCGUGAUGUAGCAAUAAACAGAGAGCCGCUGCUCUCGCAUCGUUUAUACGGUUCUGAGGAGUCUGAAGCUCUACGCUAGCCUGCAGCUAACUGCUAGCUUUUAGCUAACUGCUAGCCUCUCUGCUCUGUAACACACACCAACACACACACUCAGGGCUCGGGCUGACUGGCGGAAGCUGGACGAAUCAGAGAUGUAUGAAAUGAUUGAGCUCUAACGAUCAGCUUUAUUAGCGUUAGCGGAGUUCUACUGAGAGAUUGUGUUAUGUUAGCCGCUAACCGCUAAUGUUUUUAUUUUUAUUUUUUUUUCUUGUUUUGGUGCUUUUGGAUUUGCAGAACAGAACUUUCUCUCUUUUGUAAUAAUAACAAUAAUAACAGUAAUAACAAUAAUAAUAAUAACGCUUACGACGCUCCAUCACCGCACUGCAGAUCGACGUCUGUACGAUAUGAUUAGCGAUGUGGAGAAUUAGCGACGCAGUAUUCACGUUUUAAUUUUCUCUCCUUUCUCUUUUACUCCUCCUCUUCCUCUCCUGCCAUCCUUAGAGCUCAGCAUCACAACACUUUAAAAACAAACAACAAAAAAAAUCUAUAUAUCUAAAUACAUAUAUAAAACCUGAUCGGCCAAUCACGGCUGGUCUGAUAAAAAAAAAAAAAACUAUAAAAAAAUUGCAUUAAAAAAAGCUAGAAGUCACUGAAAGUGGCGGAUUUUAGCGAUUGUAGUCUAUAUUUCCUGUAUUAAAAUUUUGUAUUAUAUUUUCCUAAAUGUUCCUAAAGGUGAAAGACAAAAAAGAAGAGUAUAUCUAUAAUCUAUAUCUAUAAAUAAAUAUAUAAAUAUAUAUAUAUAUAUAUAUAUAUGUAUAUGAGAUGGGCGGGGCAGUAGGCCAGGUGUGUCUCUGGGAUUUGGAGAUUAAGACGGUUAUUCUGUGCCUUGGUCAGCCUCUGUUUCUGAUAUUAUGUCCCCAUUUCCCCUCCAUUUCCCAUCAGCUCUACACGCUCAGGUCUACUCCAGCACUCCCUCCAUCCGUCCAUCCAUCCCUCCAUCCACUCGUCUUCAGAGAGGAAACAAUAAAGUGACAGUCUGGCAUUAAAGCGAUACUUUAGCCAAAAUAAAAUAAAUAAUAUUUUACUAGUUUUUCCUCGUAAUCUAAAACUAUCACGUUUUGUUAGUGUUAGCACUGGAGCUACACGGCUAAUUCAGCUAGCAGUAAUGGAAGCCUGUGUACAGCAGUUAGCAUGAUGCUAACUUGUCAAAACUUGUCUAAAUCUGCUCAGGUUGCGUUGCGAAAUGUUAGCGUACUGUGGUUCUAGAUAACUGUGAGUGGUUCAGAGGUAGAACCUUCAUAAUUAAGUCUUUAUUGGAAAUUAUUAAACACCUCUGUGUGAUCAUUUAGACACGCAGUUAGCAUCAUGCUAAUUGAUUGAGUAAACACUUUCAUAAAGAGCUAUAUUAGCUAAAUUAGCUUCAUAGCUCAGUAAUAAAAGAACCGGAAUGAUCGCAGGCCGGCAGAUUGAUCAGUUUUAUCGGUUUGUUGUUUUUUGGGUGGUUUUGUGCUAAAUUGUCGCUUUAAUCCGUCCUCAGUUAGCGCUUGGCUUCAGUCCAGUUUUGCUUUUGUUUCCUGAUCCUGAUGGUGAAGCGAGAGGCGCCGGGAGAAGAGCGAUAAUCAAUCAAUAACCAACGGCAGCUGGAGCUCUUUCCCUCCGCACUCUCCACUUCCUGCUAGUGUUAGCACCUGCCCAGGGGCAUUGUGGGUAAUCGCCUCCCCUGCUGGGUAUUUUGCUUUUUACACCACUGUAGAAUCGGUUCCUCCAACACCGCUUCCACCACCCCUCAGCGUCAACACGAAGGCCUGAGACCAAACACCCACCAAACACCAACAAACACCAACACCUACUAAAACCAACAAAACACCAAUCGCCAGCAAACACCAACACCAACACCUACCAAUGGCAGUAAACACCUUCUACCAACACCAACAAACACCUACUAACAACACCAACAAACACCAAACACCCACCAACAACACCAACAAACAGCAACCCUAAAAGACCAACACAAAACACCAGCAAGAAAUAAAAAAAACAAUAUUAAACACCUACAAAUACCAGCCUAUAAACACCAGCAAACACCAACAAAAGCAAAACAAACACCAGCCAACACACCAUCACCAAAGACACCAGUGCCCCCAAUAAACACACACACGAAUAAACACCAAUAAACACACACGAAUAAACACCAAUAAACACACACACACACAAAUAAACACCAAUAAACACACACAAAUAAACACAUGAAUAAACACACACACACGAAUAAACACCAAUAAACACACACAAAUAAACACCAAUAAACACACACACAAAUAAACACCAAUAAACACACACACACGAAUAAACACCGAUAAACACACACACGAAUAAAAAACAAUAAGCACACACGAACAAACACCAAUAAACACACACACACGAAUAAAAAACAAUAAACACACGAACAAACACCAAUAAACACACACACACGAAUAAACACCGAUAAACACACACAAAUAAACACCAAUAAACACGCACACAUGAAUAAACACACACACACACGAAUAAACACCAAUAAACACACACACACAAACAAACACCAAUAAACACACACAAACAAACACCAAUAAACACACACACACAAACAAACACCAAUAAACACAUACACACAAACACCAAUAAACACACACACACGAAUAAACACACACACACACACGAAUAAACACCAAUAAACACACACACACGAAUAAACACCAAUAAACACACAAACAAACACCAAUAAACACACACAAACAAACACCAAUAAACACACACACAAAUAAACACCACCCACUACAAAAACCUGAUCUUAAAGAUCUCUUCGGGUUCUCCAUGAUUCUCUAUGAACUGUUGGUGUUUGGUGGGCGUGGUUUGGUUUGGGUGGGCGUGGUUUGAUGUGGGCGGGGUUGUUGUUGGGUGGGCGGUCUUUGUAUGGGAAGGCCAGCAGGGGGCGACACACAGCAAUAUAAACUCCUGCUCCUGCUGUUUGGCGGAGUGUUCCGCGGUUCUGCGACUCUAGAACCGGAUCUAGAACCGACAGCAGUGAUUCGGGUUAUUGAAGAAGUUUUUAUUGUGUUUAUUGAAGAGUUUACACCACAAAAACACCAGAACCAGAACUCUGCACAGAACCUCCCGGAACCAGAACCAGCCUGGGGCAGAACUUACGGGCCAGAAAUGAGAUUCAGAUCCGUGUGUGUGUGUGUGUGUGUGUGUGUGUGUGUGUGUGUGUAUGUGUGUGUGUGUGUGUGUGUGUCGGGGGGGGGGGGUUCUGUGCCGGACCUGUGAAGCGUCUCCUGGUAGAUGAUGUAAUAUGCAUUCAGAUGUGCUAUAAUAAUUUCCUUUAUGUUUAUUUGUUUGUUUGUUUGUUUGUUUGUUUGUUUGUUUAUUUCUUUGUUUGUUUGUUUGUUUGUGUACCUGGUGCUGGCGGUUUUAAAGCCCACACUGAAAGGUAUUGUGUAUUCUCUCAUUGUAAUAUAAAUAAUUAAAAAUGUUUUAUACA